GCAGCAUUUUGCUCUAUAUGCAGGUCACUCUCCUCCUCCACAUUCGACAUAUAAACUGCCUGAAUCUGCUGAAGUUUUUCAUUAAUUAUACUAUUUUAUUAUAAAUUUCAUUCAGUUGGAAACUUUUCAAUAUCUUUGACUUAACAAAAAUUAAUUCAACUAUUUAACUAUCAAUUUUAACGUACUACAACUUUUAUUAUAAUGACAAGCUCGACAAACUUAAACCCUGAAAAGACCAUCUGUGUCUUCUGUGGAUCUUCUUUUGGAAAUAAAACUUCAUAUGCUACUCAAGCUACUGAAUUAGGAGCACAAUUAGCUUCAAAGAAUUGGGGCUUGGUUUAUGGUGGUGGAUCAACCGGUAUUAUGGGUGCUGUUGCUAGAGGUUGCGCCACUAAUGGAGGAUAUGUUCAUGGUAUUAUUCCAGAAGCUCUCAUUUCUAGAGAAAGAACUGAUGAAAAGGCUUUAAACUCUAAAUUGAAGGAAUCUAUCGAUAAUCAUGAUGGCUCUACUCCAAUUCCAGAUUCAAAGGAGUAUGGUAAAACAACUUUGGUUAAAGAUAUGCAUACCCGUAAAAGGCUCAUGGGUGAAGAAGCAGAUGCAUUUGUUGCUUUACCUGGUGGUUACGGUACUCUUGAAGAAUUAAUGGAAGUAGUUACUUGGUUCCAACUUAAUAUUCAUAACAAACCAAUUGUGAUUUUCAAUAUUGAUGGAUUCUAUGAUAACUUCUUGAAAUUCAUUGAAGAUUCAAUUAGCAAUGAAUUUGUAUCUGUCAAAAAUGGAGAAAUUAUUAAAGUAGCUACUACUGUUGAUGAAGUAUUUGCUGCUAUUGAAGAUUACAAGAUCCCUGAAGGCCGUUUCAACUUGAAGUGGGAUUCUACUUAAAAUUUUCGUAAUCAAUUUUGCUUCCUUGUUAGCUUUUCUUUUGCUUCGUUUGUGCCUUUAUAGACCGUUAUAAAGAUCUUGGCUGUUUAAUUGUGACCAAAUCAAUUUGCACUCAUAAAAGUAACCUAACUUGAAUUCUUGUAUUAAUUAAAAUUAAGAAGAAAGUUAUCAAAUUUAUACAUAACAUAUAUAUUAUAUACUAUAUACAUACGGAUUGCUGAUCCUAGUCGGCUUAUUAGAACUACUCAUCAGUGAAUAUAAAAUAAUUUCUAAUAAAUCACA